CGCAGAUAGAGGCAGCCGAUGGCGCCCUGAGGAGGCCCGGGGCUGAGACCCAGGGCUGCUCCAGGUGGCGGCGCCCAGGCCCCCCACUUCCUCCUCCAUCCCUGGAGUCCGCUUCUUUGUUCACGCAGGAGUGGGGACUGAACUCAAGGAAGCACCCUACCACUGGGCUGCAUUCCCAGACCAUGACUCCUCAGCCAGGUGUUUACUUGUAAAUAACUUGGCAUCAGAUUUAAGCAAGUGAACAAGCCAGAGUCAUCAAAAUGAGGGCAGAAGACCAGCAGCAGAAGGGGAGAAGCCCAAGAGGCAGGUGCGUGAGACGGAGAAGGCAGAGGGACAGGCGGGCCCAGCGGACCCCGUGCAGGUGGGAGGCCACUGUGGAACGGCCUCACCGUGGGACAGCAGGGACUGUGGGACAGCAGGGACCGUGGGACAGCGGGGACUGUGGGACAGCGGGGACCACGGGCACCAGGCCACAGUGCAGUCAGGAGGGGCUUUUCUCCUGGCCUUGGAAUUGCAGCCCAUCGGUCAAAGCUAAGAAAAGGUGUCAGGAGCCCCCUAAAUCCUCUCUUCAGGGAGCUUGGCCGUCCACACAGCACUUGCUAAGCAAUGACCGUGAAACCCAGUCCAGUGCUCCUGAGCCCACCACCCGCCCUGGGGCACGCAGAGGAGGGGAGGAGGCCGGCGGGGUCUGCAGCGGUGGGGUUCUUCCAAGAGAGUCAUUGUGCAGGGGACGCCCACCAUGCCCCUCAACCCAAGUGGAGGGCCGAGCUGCCGAGGAAGAGCAGCCCUCGCCUCUGGUGGCCGAAGUGACCCACCACACAGCCCCAGGGUCCUGCUGGUCUGCACUGGUUCCAGACACUGAGCUCGCCUGGGGAAACCUAAGGGGACAACUUCAGGAAAGAGGAGUGAAGAGCGGGAGCUCAGGGAGGGCCGUGAGCCCUUCCAGGGCAGACCAGGGAUACCAGGAGGACGCCACACCACGGGCCAUGGUAAAGGAUGCCCUGCCCAAGAAGCCUGGCUGCUGGAUGAGGCGACCCUGGCGCAGCUGGUUCUUAGGAGGCAAACUGUUGGUGUGGGAACGGAGGGUCGGUUGCUGGGGGCAAGCAGGCUUGGCUCCUCCUCAGGAGCUGCCCCGACCCCUGGCCUCUCCUCCCUCCCUUCCCUGGCCUCCUGGAGGAGGCCGAGGCAGCAGGGUGAGGGCAGGAGUGGAACAAGGAGCGGGGAAGCGGGGAGAGCUGGCCGACUGCCCCAGCUGCCCGCCUUGCUGCUGAGACCCAGAGGGAGGCAGGAGAAGCCCCGCUGGAUGAGGCUUUGAGGGCGCCAUGUGGGAAUGCGGGGUCUCCACCUAAAAUGGAGACAGUUAUCAAGGCCGAGACGAGCUGUGGCGUGCAUUUCACCCCGGAGAGUGGGAGCAUCAUUCAUCAGAGCGGGGACAGCGAGAGAAACGCUGACUUACGUCCCACUGAAGCCACUUGAUCGAUCAUCCACAGUUUCCAUCACUGA